AUGGCACCUUAUAGUGCCUACACACACGCACAUGGGCCACUGGCAUCGCAAAACUCGGUAUCAUCCCUCUUCAAUCUCGAAACUCCAGCUACCCCAAGAAAUCGCUAUCACGCUUACCUCAGCAGUGGUUCCACACCAAACUCAUCCACCAACCUGGGACGUCUGUCAGAGAAAUACAGGAGCCGAGGGAAGUCAUUACAUGUGCCGCCAACAGAGUAUUCAACAGGAUGGACGUUUGCUUGUAUCAUCAUCGCCUUGGUUCUCAGCGUCUUUCUCGUUUCUCUCGACAUGACAAUAGUAGCAACCGCCAUUCCAAAGAUCACCGACGAGUUCAACGGCCUCGAAGACGUAGCCUGGUACGGCGCAGCUUUCUUCAUGACUGUCGGCGGGUUCCAAUCCUCGUGGGGCAAGGUGUUCAAGUAUUUUCCGCUCAAGAUCUCUUACCUCAUCUCCAUCUUCAUCUUUGAGCUUGGGUCAUUGAUCUGUGGCGUGGCACCCAAUUCACCUACUCUGAUCAUUGGCCGUGCUGUUGCCGGGGUGGGAGCGGCUGGUAUCGGCUCCGGAGCAUACACCCUCAUCGCCUUUUCCGCCGAGCCGAAAAAGCGACCAGUCUUCACCGGCAUUAUUGGCACGGCCUAUGGUGUUGCUGCCGUUGUUGGACCGCUGAUUGGAGGCGUAUUUGCGGAUAGGGUGACGUGGAGAUGGUGCUUCUACAUCAACUUGCCCAUUGGCGGACUGUCGGCGCUGAUCAUCAUCUUCUUGUUCCGGACCCCAGCGGGAUGCAAGCCGGCGGAGGCGACUCUCAAGGAGAAGCUUUUGCAGAUGGACCCCGUUGGCACGGCACUCAUCAUGGCCGGUGUCAUCACAUACAUUCUUGCGCUACAAUAUGGCGGGCAGACACUUGCAUGGCAUCACCGGAAGGUCGUUGGACUUUUGGUUGGAUUCGUCAUGAUUUCCAUCGCGUUUGGUGUCUGGGAGUGGUAUAAUGGGGAGAGGUCCAUGAUCGUACCAAGGCUAUUCGUGCAGAGGCAGGUGUGGGUUUGCAGCAUGUUUUCGUUACUGUUUGCCGGGAGUUAUUUCAUCAUCAUUUAUUACCUGCCGAUUUACUUCCAAAGUAUCGGCAAUGCUACACCGACGGAAUCAGGGGUGAAAAACCUGCCGCUGAUUCUGUCGGUCACAGUAGCGACGAUCGUGGGAGGAGGGGCGGUUUCGGCGACGGGCUAUGCUACACCUUUAGCGGUGGGAGGGGCAGCGCUGGCUACCGUGGCGGCUGGUCUGUUGUACACACUUGACAUUAGGUCAUCGGCGGGCAUGUGGAUUGGAUAUCAAAUCCUGGGAGGUAUUGCGUGGGGGAGUGCGUUCCAAAUUCCCAUCAUCGUCAGCCAGGCGACGGCCGAGAUUGACGAUUUGAGCAGUGUCACUGCUAUCGUUCUUUUUGGUGGUGCCUUCUGGGUCUCGGCUGGUCAAUCCGCCUUUGUCAACGAGCUCAUGAAGGAACUGGCCAUCUCAGCGCCUGAUGUCAACGCACUUGCAGUCUUGGGCACAGGCGCCACCGCAAUCACGACCGUUUUCCCAGCGGAGCAAGUACCGGGGAUUUUGAUCGCCUACAUGGCCGGAAUCAAAACAGCGUUAGCGAUUGCCAUUGGAGCCGUUGGGCUUUCCUUUGUUUUGAGUUUUUUCUUCAGCUGGAAAAGACUAAACCCAGAGACCUUGAGGGCUGCUGGGGCGGUGGCAUAG